AUGGCCAAACUCAACAAGACCACUUUUCUUGCUUUCUUCUUCUGCUUCCUCAUUAUUGCAUCCUUCGAGAUGCAAAUGGGGGAGGCAAAACCUUGCUCAAAACUCAGCAAAGGAUGGCGUGGGUUUUGUGCUCCUCAUAAAUGCAGCCGUUACUGCAUCCACCAUGAGGGAGCUUACGCUGGUGCUUGUCGAAAACAUCACCAUACAAAAGCAAGCGAAUCCCUAGCCCCUCCUAUGGCAAGCUCCAUGCUGAGCCCCCUCCCAGUUCCUGCACUGCCGGUCACAGUUGUCGCAUUUACGGUAGCAAAAGCAAGCGAAUCCCCAGCCCCUCCUAUGGCAAGCUCCAUGCUGAGCCCCCUCCCAGUUCCUGCACUGCCGGUCGCAGUUGCCGCAUUUACGGUAGCAAAAGCAAGCGAAUCCCCAGCCCCUUCUGUGGCAAGCUCCAUGCAGAGCCCCCUCCCAGUUCCUGCACUGCCGGUUGCUGUUGCCGGAGUUCAAGCAUACCCCUGA